AUUCGCUAACCAGCAGAGAAGUUGAAACUGCAGAGGCAUUAUCGAACGCAACAUGAGAGUUUACCACUUGCUGCUGAUUGGAUUAGUUUUGGCGACUAUCGCCGGCGGUCAUGAGGCUUUGGCACAUCCGCCUAGAGCCGAUACCCCACCGUGUACUCCUCCCCCGGAUCCGUGCACAACAACAACAUGCCCACCACCACCGCCGUGCACCACAACAACAUGUCCACCACCAGAACCACCACCGUGCACCACAACAACAUGCCCACCACCAGAACCACCACCGUGCACCACAACAACAUGCCCACCACCACCACCUCCGUGCAUUACUACAACGUGCCCACCACCACCACCACCUCCACCACCACCACCACCACCACCGUGCACCAGGACACCACCUCCAUGCACCAGGACACCACCUCCAUGCACCAGGACACCACCUCCAUGCACCAGGACACCUCCUCCAUGCACCAGGACACCACCCCCCUGCACCAGGACACCUCCAUGCACCACCACUCCUCCCUGCACCCCACCGUGCACCACCACCAAGCCCUGCACCACAACCGUUUGCACAACACCCAAGAGCGACAACGCUGGGCCAAUUGUCGACGGAAAUGAAGAACAGCCCGAUAUAGACAAUCCAGUUGCUAUUGCCCAGGUGCUGAUCUCGCGCCACGAUUGCCGUGGCCAGGAGGACGGAACCUUCCUCGCCGACGUGCGUCACUGUCGCCGCUACUACGUGUGCAACCGUCAGAGGUCGAAGCGCCAGAACUGCCCCAACGGCUACUGGUUCGAUCGCGAGCUGAAGGCCUGCCGACUGGCCAGUACCGUCAACAACUGUGACGCCAGGCGCAACUGAUGUUGCUGCUGCCAAUGUGGCCAUGCGCACAAGCAAAGCAAAUUGGCUUUAAAGAAUUUUUUUUUUUUUCACUAUUUCAAAGAACAUAGAAGCAAAGCAAGUGUGAAUUAAUUGUAAACUAUGCCAAAGCAAUAAAGUAAAUAUUUCACCGAUUAUACAAUAAAUAAGAGUGAGCAUUC